GUCGACUACCACGACGGCUUCCAUGGAAUGCUCCCACCGGAACAUCACCUACCAAGGAUCCAACGGAUGGCAAAAGAUCAGCAAGUGCCGGGACUGCGGCAAGGUGCUGAACAGGGAGUCGACUACGGCGGCCGAGGUUGCCUACCGGGGACUGGAGACGGUCGUGGAACAAACGAGGCCAUGCCCAAGCGCGGCGAUCCACACCAAGCGCAAUGGACCGCCUCCGCCGGCACCGGUGAACCGACCAGUGACGGCAAGCCCGACAAGUGCGGCAUCCUCCCGCGGAUCCGGACGCCCCGAUGUGCCGGAGAUGACCGAGGAGGAGGAGUACGAAGAGUUUCUUCGCUUCCGGGCCAUGCGGAACAACUACCGGACCGAGCAGAUGUGGACCGAUCUGUGCACGUGCCUUACAACCACCGACAACGAUGACCAGCUUGGAGUCUUAAAAGAACGUUUCCUGCGCGAGCACAAGAGUGGCAUGAGUAAGCAAAGCAAGCACCUAUACAGUGAACUCCUACAGCUAGACGUCAAUGAGAUUGAUCAGCUUGCCAAGCCCAAGCCCUUGAACAGGAGAUCCGGAUUGAAUUCCAGCUGCUGCUUACGGGUAUGUUUAAGCGAGCACUUCCAGUUGACCAACAGUCUGAAGUCGCUUGAGAGUGUCCUGCAGCAUGAUCGGCCAGGUCUCGUGCACCUCUAUGUCACCGAUGCCACCGUCUUUCAAGAAGCUAAACGUAGCUCAGACAGCAAGAACCCAAGCAUCGGGACCCUCUUCCAUCGCAUGAUCAAUAGACGAAUGCAACGUUCGGUUGAAAGUGCCACAAACGUGAUUGUGCAAUGGUGUGAUAGAAAUCAGGCAGUGUGUCUCUUAGAAGUCCCUAUGAGGGUUCCCACAUGGUGGCAGAAAUUCGUGACCAGCCUGGCCGUCUCCUACCAACUCUUUCUGAACAACAACACCGCGACCCAGAAGCCGUACCAGAUCAUUAGCAAUGAUGCUGAGGUAAGCCGGCUGAUCCUCAAGGGCGCGAAGGUGGAGCGAGCCUAUGGCCAAGUCAAGGGGAAGGGAGCUGGACAGAUGAAGGUGCAGAAUUUUUCCGAACUUCUACAAGAGGACAGUGCCCACGACCUACACUACUUCACUGAAGGCGAGCUGUACCAGAUCCAGGAUUACCAGAAGAAUCCAAAGCACAACGAGGGGAAGUCCCAGAACCUUAUAGAUUACCAGCUCCAGGAUUACCAGAAGAAUCCGAAGCACAAUGAGGGGAAGUCCCAGAACAUCGUAGAUUACCAGCUCCAGGAUUACCAGAAGAAUCCGAAGCACAACGAGGGGAAGUCCUAUGAGGUCCUGGCAGGUGAGAUCGAAGUAGAUCAGGCACCAAUGGUCACAGGUCCAAAGGAGCAAGGAGUCAGUGAGGAGAUGCUACAGCAGGAGGGCGCCCAUCAGCUAGAGAAUGCCAACAUGGUGGCGGUCGUUUUGCAGGACCCGGAGAAGAUCCCUAAGCCUGACGACUACGAACUUUGUCGAGGUUUUCCCUGGCGUACUACGUGGAGGCAGAGAGAGGACAGGACGUGGCAGCUGAUGGAGGACGAGAUUCGAUGGGAAGAACUACAUCAGCCAGAAAGACACCUACCCCACGGCGGCAAACUAGUUGUGAUCUUCCAGAAGCGAAUUGACGGACGACCGAGCCGCCAUAUGCAGAACUUUCCUGGCAUGCAGAAGAUCUCGCUGGAACGAAUGGUACAGCGAGCUCAUGAAGGCCUCGGACACCCCGAGACGAACCGUUUUAUCCGAAUACUCCGGCACUCCAAGGCAAGCGAAGAAGUCAUUGAGAUUGCCAAGAAGCUGCGGUGCUCGGUCUGCGAGGCGUACAAGCUACCUGCUGCAGCCCGACAAGGUGCACCACCUCGCGAAGAGCUCUUCAUUAACGACCUUGUGGGUGUUGAUACAGUACACCUACGGGAUCAUCAGAAGAGAUCUAUCCCUGCCUUGAACAUCAUCGACUGGCACUCCCACUUUCAACUGGUGGUGCCAAUGGAGGCAGAGAACGCACCAGCAGCAAGGAAGGCCUACAGGCAAUGGGUCCGAUUUUUCGGACCACCCAAGAAGGUGAUGCUGGACCUGGGUUCGGAGUUCAAGGCGGAGUUCAAAAGGCAAAUCGAGGCCGACGGGUCUGAGACCGUCCCUGGAGCCUUGGAGGCCCCAACCCAACGGGGACUCACGGAGAGAGCCGGCGGCGUCUUCAAGGACAUCCUCUACAAGGCGAUGAUGACGUACAAGUGCAACAGCACCGAAGAGUGGAGAGAACUGGUGGAUGUAGCGUGCAUGACACGCAACAGGCUGCUACUCCGGGCCGGCUACUCACCGAUCCAAAGGGUCAUCGGCUACUCGCCUCGACUCCCAGGCGGGCUACUAACCGGGACCGAGAUGGACCAAGGGGUAGCUAGCCUACGACAAGCAGGAGAUGUUGGUGUCGCAAAGGCCACUCAGAUGCGCAAGGCAGCGGCCCUGGCCUUUCACGAGGCAGACUGUGAUCAGGCACUACGAGCAGCGGCCCUGGCAGGACCACGGCGGCACCAUAACUUCGAAGUAGGCCAGGCAGCCUUCUUCUGGAGACGAGGAGCCGGAACUACGAAGAAGGACCGAGAAUCCUACUGGGCCGGCCCCGGAAGGAUUAUCAUGACGUCUCUUCCAAACGCGGUGUGGAUCUCCCACCAGGGGACCCUCAUCAAGGCAGCUCCGGAGCGAGCUAGAGCGGCCUUCGAGCGGAACCCCGGUCGGAAUUUCCUGGACCUUACCAAGAACACCGACGUGAUUCCCGAAGAUGACGAACAGCAUCCUGACCAAGCCGCUCAAGAAAACAAGGAGGAUCUACUCGAACCUCCUCCAGGCUUAGCACCGAUUCGCCGAGUACGACAGAAAACCGGGAACUACGACACCCCGGUGCCUGAAGAAGUUCCUCGACCCGAGGAAGCGGAACCUGGGCAAGCAUCAGGUGAGCCUCGCGCAGCCCCCGAACAGGAGCCCAAUGACAUGGAAGAGGACGGCGAGGCAGAGAACCGGCAAGAACUCAAGCGAGAAGCCGAGCCAGGUGAGGCAGAACCGCCGGGCAAAAGGAGCCGUGUGGAACUUCUAGAGAUCUACCACAUGAACCUGAAGAACCUGGCGAAGCAACGACAGAAGAAAGAGGCCCGGCCCCAAGAUUUCACCGGGCAGGAUGCGACGAGGCUCCACAAGGCCAUCCUCAAGGAGAUCAACAACAACCUGACAACCGGCGCCUACGAGAUCCUCGACACGGUCACCUCCGAGCUCAUCCGGCGGCAGAGGCCGGAGAAGAUCAUGGAGUCGCGCUACGUUCUGACAAAGAAGCCACUGGAACCAAGUGAGGAGGCUGCCCUGGACGUGGAGAGCACCACCCCACAGGUGAACCGGGACUCCGUCAUCUUUGUCACCCAGGUGUUGGCCAGCAUGGGAUGGGAUCCGGGAUUCCUGGACUUCACUCAAGCCUUCCAUUCCGGGGACCAGAUUAACCGCGAGCUGUAUUGCACCCAGCCAAAGGAGGGCAUCCCAGGCGUCCACCCAAGGCAACUCAUCAAGCUGCUCAAGACUUGCUACGGCCUGACAGACGGCCCCUUUGCCUGGUACCAGCACCUUUCCAAAAGACUUCUAAAGGACGGCUACACAGUGAGUCGCGCAGAUCCCUGCGUGUUUCUUCUACAUGAGAAAGGGGGACAAGACGAGAACCUGCGGCUCAAGGGGGUCAUCGGCGUGGCUACCGACGAUCUACUACACGGAGGCGACAAGGAGCACUGGGAGAAUAUUGAAAGGAUUGCGAAGGACUACAAGCUGGGCAAGAACCAGACCAACGAGGGUCGCUUCACGGGCAAGGACUUCAAGAAGCAGGCGGAUGGCUCCAUCACGGUUUCCCAGGAGUUCUAUGUCGAUGAGAAAGUGGAGCAGAUCGUGCUCUCGAGGAAGAGGAAGCAGCAAAGGUACUCUAAGUGCACAGCCCAAGAAACCGAGCAACUUCGUAACCGGCUAGGCGUCUUGUCCUGGCUGGCCAAGGAGACCAGAUGCGACCUUUCAGGUAGGGUGGCCCUGUUGCAGCAGAGCUUCCCGGAGCCAAGGGUCAUGGACCUGGUGGAAUGCAACAAGAUCAGCGAGGAAGCCGCGAAGCACAAGGACAUCACGGUCAGGGUCAUGCCAAUUCCCUGGCAAGAUCUCAGAGUGUCGGUCGUCAGCGACGCAGCGUGGGGAAACGCCAAGGAGGCAUUGUGGAUCGAGGCAUCGUCCGAAGACUUCUGGGAGGAGACCGAGACGCAGUGGAUCCGACAUCACCAAGGAGAGCGACGAACUACAUUCCACCCGGGUGCAGCCCCGGAUGGACCGGACUUACACUCGCUACUACCUCAACGGGAGACGGAGUACUACAUCCAAGACGGCGACAGGAUAACAAGAGAACUCUGUCAAGAUGAGUGGUGCGACCAAAAGGGGAUCCGAGUGCUCUCCGAGUCAUGUUGGAGAGGGCGAACAACGUUCUUCAAGGCCAAGGACGAGCAAGGAACCCCGGCAGCUCGAAUUCAUUCGAGCUUGGUUCAGCUACAGCAGCUUAGUAGUCAAGGUGGCCAGAUCAUCAUCUACCACCACCGUAAGCUGGCAGAGGAAAGCACCCCACAAAUGACAACCCUGGCGGCAUGGAAAAGUUUCCGGUUGAAACGGAAGACCGUGGACACCUUAGCAGCGGAAGGCCAAGCACUUCAGUCAGGGAUUGGCUCUGUGCACUGGCACAGAUUGAUGUUUCUCGAGGCCUUCUACGGCAUGAUGACGACGGACCACUGGAGAGAAGAGUCCCGACGGCUACCUUUUCUUGCAGCCGUUGCCUCUAAGAGCCUUUACGAUGCGACCAACAAGUGCAGCAGUACGACCGCCUACAUCAGCGACAAAAGGACAGCGAUUGACAUCGCGGUGAUCAAGGCGGACCUUCUGGAAACCAGUGGCAAGGCCGAUGGUCGAUCGUCGAAGAAGGAACCGCUCUCCAGCACAAAGCAUUGGAGCGCGAAGGGGCUAGACCACAUGCCUUGUACUUGA